AUAACAGCGCAGCGAAGCAGAUAGGAGCUAAGCAGGUAGCAGGGCGGCCAGAUAUUUCUGGGACACGAAGCGGUGAAGUACUCGACCAGAAAUGCUGAGGUUGUCGAGCCAGUUGGGCAAGGUGGCCUUGGGUAUUGCCAUCUUCGUUAUCUUCGCUAUAGCGAUCUCGAGGGAUAAUUGGGAUAAUUACUUAUCAGUCAGCGCUAACUACCUGAAAACUUCCUUGAGCGGUACGAGGGAAGUUGACCCGAAGACCGCGUUACUCAACUGCCAUGUCCAGCCGCUGCAAAACUACAGCCAGUUCUUUGGUCUCAGCAACCAGACGAUGUACCCCUGCAAGCACCUGAAAAUGUUUGGUGGAGUGAAACACAGAGAUUUCUUUGACGGGGACAAGUGGGCGUGUAUGGACUCCCCGCUGGCCCCGCCGCCCACCCGCUGCCUCGUCUACUCCUUCGGCAUCAACAAUGAGUGGUCCUUCGACGACGCUAUGGCCGCCUACGGGUGCCAGGUGUUCUCGUUCGACCCCAGUAUGGCUGCCGGCGACCACCAGCGCUCCGCUAAUGUCACUUUCUUCAGGAUGGGUGUUGGCAGCAAAUCUGGCAAGUUCAUGAAUGGCAAGGUGGACCGUCUGGGAGGGAUCAUGAAGAAGCUGGGACACGUCGGGCGGAAGAUCGACUACCUGAAGAUGGACAUCGAAGGGAUGGAGGUAGAGACGCUGGAGGAGGUGCUGGAACACCAGCCGGAGAUCUUGGCCUCCGUCACCCACCUGGGCCUCGAGAUACAUCCUGGCGUGGCUAUUGGCAACAACGAGAUCGCCAGACAGCCGACCAACAUCUUUAACAGGCUGUGGAGGAUCUUCCAGCAAUUGGAGUGUCUGGGAUUUCGUCUCCUUCGCUGGGCUCGUAACGACUUCAAACUUAACCACUACACGUGGAAUCAUUCUCUCCAGUCCAGAUGCUAUGAAAUCGUAUGGGUCAAGCCACCUACUCAUUAGACGGGGUAUUUUUAUAAGUGUGGAAGUCGGUUUUCAGAGUAAUGUACAAAGACUGCUUUAUGACCCCCUCUAGCUGCUCUAUUAUGCCUGUCAUCCGCAGAACUGCAGCAGCUAACCCAGUCCCUGAGUACUGCAGAGUCUGACAGCGAUAGCAGCUCCCCCACGCUACCAAUUCACCUCCACCUAUACAGCGUUCACAGAGUUUGCUCACUCUAGAGUGAACCAAACUGUGAUUCCUUUGCUUCCCGUCAGAGUCUUAAGUUGGUCGUAAUGUUGACAACGGGUCACUCGUUGUUCCAGGCCACAACACAGUAUGAAGGACUAUCACUGAACUCUUGCGGAUUUUCUUAUUUUUAAUGAAAAUGAUCAAUAAACUUGAGCGCACAACGCUACUAAUUACGUAAAUGAAA